AUGGCGGACUCCUUGCUCUCAUUUAUUGUAACCUUUGAUACGACAAAGAUCAUCGUUACUGAUCCAUCCAAGUUCUCAUUUAUUGGCUCCAUUCCUGAAGCUAUGCUCAGUCGUAUUUCUGAGUCAAGUAAUGUUCUUCAACAGUACAAGAAGCAUCCAUCUGUUGGCCCAAGAAAGCUCACACUGGCUAUGAUCCGUUCAAUUGAAGAGGCUGACGAGCCAACCAAGAGGGGUAAGAAUCCUGAAACACAGAAGGAAGGACCGAUCAUUAACCAAACUAAGGGGCAAACCCCCAAGAAGCGAAAAUCUAAUAAAGCAGCCCCUUCUCAGGCUCAACCGAAAAAGCAAAAGAAGCCCGCUAGGAGACUUAUUGUGCAAUCUUCCAGCGAUUCAGAUUCAGAAUAUGUCCCUCCUAAGCACAAGAACGCUCUUCCAUUGGAAUAUGAGAGCGAAAGUUCAGAAGAUGAGGCUUCGAGCCGCGGUGCUACUCCUCCUCGCUCCCCUACCCCAGAAAUUCCGGUUCGCUCUAAUUCUCCUUCACCUCCACCUACAACAAUCCCAGUUUCAAUCCCUCCUAUCUCUCCAAUUACAACCUCUCAACCCUUCACUACAAUUCCUAUUCACACUCCCAUUUUCACAGAUACCACCACUACCACAACCGAACCUCCUACCACAACCGAACCCCCUACCAUAACCGAACCUCCUGUCACAACCGAACCUCCAACUUCUUCCAAAUGCUUAUCUCCCAUGCAAUCUGCUGACACAACCCCUAUUCUAGGUGGUGAGGAUGUGGAAUUCCAUACCACAUAUUUCAGUCCUUAUCGAAUGCAGAGCGAUGAAGAUGAUGAUGAGCCUAUUACAAAAUGUCAUCUAAAGGCAGUAAAUGAAAAGCUUGAUCAACUGCUUUCAUCCUCUUCCUCUGGUGCCUAUUCAGAAACUGCUUUGAAGGCUUUGUUCUCCUCGAUCAUCAACAAACACAGUGCUACUUUAUCUGCUGCAGCCAAGGCAAUAGAGGCCUCCACUUCCCAAUGUCAAUAG